AUGUUCGAACAGGAAAGGAGAAACAGCGAUGCUCUAGGCGAUGUCGAGGAAGUUGAAAUGGAUCGGCGGUCCUUCACCAAGGUUGCUUUCAAUGUUGAUCCCGAUUGGCGAGAAGCCAUUCUCGAGUACGGCGCUGAUGGGCAGAGGACUCGAUCCGCUGUAGCGCAAGCCAACAUUGAUUACAUUGUCGCCGUCGACCACCUUGACAAGGGUGUCGUUGAUUUUGAGAAGCAUGACGAGAAUGCCGAUAAGCGCUCCAGUGGCAGCCAGCUUGACGAUGAUGUCGAGGAACGCGAGGAUCUUGGAGCCGCCCGAGGCACGGGGUACGUCGCUAGCCAUGCUGUGCUCUUUGUUCGUCUUUCAAUGGAUCAGGCGAGGAGAGGCUUCUUCUUCGUAGAGAAUGGGCUCCGCGAAGGCGUUGAUGUGGGAUCGUCAGAUGCUUUUAGCAAUAGGGCUCGCGCCAGACUCCGCGUGAGCGAGAGCGGCGUCGGUCCCUAA